UUCUUCAACAAUGGGGUGUCGCCGGAAAAUUACCUUAGCGUUUGGGACAACGAUGUAACUGAGCUGAGAAUUUUCGAAGACAAAAUGUUUUCACUUUCUUCCCCGGUUCAUCUCCGUGCCGGAGUGUCGUUACAAAUAGGGCUAUCGAUGGAGAUGAAGUACCCAAUUCAAUCUCGAACUCGAUGUGUUUACUGGAAUCUCAAAGAAUCAAAUUACUUGAAAUCUAACAGAGAAUUGGAAUUGAAAUCUACUGCUACUGUGCGGUCAUUGUACAAUGUAUUUGAGAUCACUAGCAAACAAGUCAAGCCUAGUCUUUUAAAGAUGCAGGCUAUGGAGAAAGAGAGUGAAGCUGGUAGGAAUGUGAAGGAAGACGAGAGGAGAAGGAAGAUUGGAUUAGCUAAUAGAGGAAAGGUACCAUGGAACAAAGGAAGGAAACACACUGAAGACACUCGAAGACGAAUCAAGGAGAGAACUAUUGAAGCUUUGAGAAAUCCCAAGGUUCGGGAUAAGAUGUCUGAGCAUCAACAACCACAUAGUGAUGAAACCAAGGAGAAGAUAAGAGCUUCAGUUAAACAAGUUUGGGCUGAGAGGUCAAGAUCGAAGAGAUUAAAGGAGAAGUUCACCUUAUUGUGGUCAGAGAACAUUGCAGAAGCUGCAAGGAGAGGGGGAAGUAGUGAGGUGGAACUUGAUUGGGACAGCUACGAAAAAUCUAAACAAGAGAUUUCAUCUGAGCAAUUUCAGUUGUCUGAAGAGAAAGCAAGAACAAAGGAACAAACCAAGAUGAGAGCUGCACAAGUCAAGACAGAGAAGAUGAGGAGAGUUGAAGAAAGGAAGAAAGAACGAGAAGAGAGAGACCAAAGAGGAGUAAAGACUCGAACACCAAAGCAGAACAAAGAGAAUGCAACCGUUAGCUCACGUUCUAAACUGAAGAAGAAACUCACAAAGAUUCACAAGAAGAAAACAAGCCUUGGUAAAGUCUCUAUUGUAAAGGAUAGGGUAGUUUCAGUUGCAGCCAAACUGGAGAAUCUGGACUUGGAACUGAUAAGGAAAGAGAGAACAAGAGGAGAAAUUUCACUUGCUGAUCAGAUCCAGGCUGCUAAAAGCCUACGAGGAAAUGAUGUUCUAUCAAGAAUUGGUCUUUUUGCCAUGAAAUCGGUAGACUUUGAUUAGUUUAUAGAGCUGCCCCUUCACUUCUUGCCACAAUAUACUUGACAAAAAUAUUAUUAAUAAACCAAUUAUUAACACAACGGGCGCUACUUUAACUCA